AAGAAAAGGCAAUGAAGUGAUGCUUGACGAAACCGCAAGGAGAUUGAGUGAUGCUCCAUUGGCUUGCGUAGUAUGCAUUAAUCGAGGUGGAUUCUUCACUACCAUGUUAUCUGCACCAACACGCCACUCAACCCACUCCAGCUUCAACAAACUCGCGACUUGCAUAUUACAGCACCCCUAUCGUCCAUUGCGUUAUCCAUAUCUCACCACUCAACUUACAAAACCCAUCCUUUACCCCCAAAUCUCAGCAGCAUUGAGAGCCCCCGAUGGCCUCGUGGGCCGCCGCCGGAGGGCGCCUGCAGUUCCUCCGGCAGGUGUCGCGCUACCUUUUGCGCUACGCGACGUGGAUCCCGCCGCUGAUCUGGUUCAACACGAAACCCAAUGACCCGGACGGCAUCGCAGUCAAGAGGAUCGUGGGACUGGAGGGCGAUGUGGUCAGGACGAAACCGCCGUAUCCGUACGAGUACGCCUCGGUGCCGGAGGGCCAUGUCUGGGUGGAGGGCGACGGCGACCUCAGCCGGGACAGUAACUACUACGGGCCCAUCUCGGUGAGGCUCAUCACGGGCAGGGUCACGCACAUCCUGUCGCCGUGGGAUCGCGCCGGACGAGUGAGGUGGUGGGAGCAUCCUUUGCGGGCAGGGGUGCAUAGGGCGGCCUGAGGGAAGAUGGGGAUGUUGCGGAUUGUGAAUGAGUCGUGGUCGCGGGGAGGGCGGGAUUGGCAUGGUUCUUUGUGUCUAUUCUGUACAUGUAUGUGUGUUUAUACCUAGAUAUAGACAAGUCUGGAAGGACAUUUAACAGAAGAGCCCGAGAUCUAAACCUAAGCUGACAGUGGGCGUUCUCACGAUUCACUGAACAAACUGGUUCGGUGGCUUCGGAAACCGAAUUCACCGGGGAUAACUUGCCGCCCGUUGCCGCCCACGCACGGACCAC